UUUAUUUCCUCCAUCUAUUUAUGCGAAUAUUCUACAAAUGAAGCCCAAAGAGUUUUUAUAUAAAAAUGUUCGCAUGGAACGCUAACACACAUAUCAUAUGAACGCAUUUAAUUUUCAACAAGAUGAAACUGGAUAAUAAUAUAUUUGUUUUUGCAUUGCUUAUUGUACACGUGAAUAUCUCGAUGAGCUUCUUUAAAUGUGGACCCGAUCUAAAAUGUUCAUGUACGACGAGGCCGCCAGGAACGGUUGCAAUGGAUUGUAAAGCAAGAAAUGUCAAACUUCGUCAAGUUUGCGAAAGCAUUGCGAUCAUAUACCCAAAAGUGUCAGAUCUUAAUAUUGCACGAAAUAACAUUGGUAACUUCAAUCCGGAAGACGUCAACCACUGUCGGAACAUCAGUAGUUUAAAUAUGAAUUAUAACCAGAUUUCGUCUCUGCAUAAUUAUGUCUUUGUAGAUUUUCGGAAUAUAUUGACACUGGAUUUGAGCGAUAACGUGCUCGACAUUUACAACAAAACGGCGUUUGACCCAAGCGUGCUACCAUCAUCUCUGAGAAUCCUCAAACUCUACGGCAAUUUUCGAGAGGACAACAACCUUAAAGAAAGCUCUGCCUACCCAAUUUUUACUAAUUUACGAAACCUUGAGAAGUUGCAGUUAGAUGGAGUUGAAACCGAUUUCGGCCUGGAAUAUGAAUACAGUUCUGUCAGAAAUUUAUCUCUUUCAUCAAAAGGACCUUUGGGGUUCUGCCUCAUAAAGGACAUCUUUCCGACAACUUUUCACUCGCUUAUAAACGUACGUGUUCUAGAUAUAUCCUCGUGCAGAAUUGAAAAUAUUUACAGAGAUGCCUUCAAACACAUGAAGAGUCUUGAAAUUCUGGACCUUUCUUUGAACAGACGUCUUGGAUUUAGCUCCCUGAUGAAUGUUUCAUAUUCGCUCCAGUUUACAAAUAUCCAAUUUCUGAAUUACUCACGGGUCUAUACUUCAUUUGGCGUUGGAACUAUAAUUCUGAACAGUGAUAUAUGCUACCUUCGAAAUACAUCUCUGAAAGCAAUCGCGCUUGAUGGCAACAAGGUGCAAAUGAUAGAAAAGAACACAUAUUUAUUACUUCCGAAGCACUUAGAAACAAUUUACGCACAAGAGAAUAAAUUUUCAUUCGGAUUAUACCUAUUUCAAUUUGGUUGCCUCGAACACGUUCAACAUAUUGAUGCAAAUAACCUAAACAAAGUGCACGCUCCUAUUAAAUACCUUGCAGAACCUAAACCAAAAAACGACAACGAUCGAAGCUGGAAUUCGGAAUGCCCAUUCAUGACGGAAGAGAGUUUAAAGAACAUUGCAAAAGAUAUCCCUGCUUGUACGUAUGUACCACCGAAUGAAACAGUUGCUGAUUGGAAACCGCAGUUUUCAAGGUCUCUCAAAAUCGUUAAUUUCUCCGGCUGCAACAUGGUUUAUAACAUUGAUAAUACACAAAUCACUAUCAAUCCAUCCAAUAAUUCAUUUGAAGCAUUGGAUGUAUCAAAAAAUGCAUUCCAUUGUUUGAGCAGCAGGAUUGGGCCAUUUCCAAAUCUUAAGUUUUUGUCACUCUCCCGUUCUUAUUGUUCAUUCAUAAAUUCAGACUUUUUGUCGAUGGGCAAACUUGAAAACCUUCAGCUAGAUCAAAAUUAUUUGGGAGGAAUGUUUGCACAUCAAGGCGGCAGAGACACGUUUGAAUAUCUCACAAAUUUGCAAACGCUUAAUAUUUCUACAAACGGCAUAACACGCCUCAAAAAGAAUAUAUUUAAUACUCUUAUAAUGAUUGAAGAAAUUGAUUUAAGCAGUAAUAACAUCGAAAUGUUCGCUGUCAAUGUUAAGCCUUUGAAAAAUCUGCUUCAUUUGAAUCUUCGAGGUAACGCAAUUCAUACGCUUAAUAAUGAUUUUAGACAGCUUCUCGAAGACAAUUCAGAGCGAAUAGGAAAUAAUUUUACCCUGGACUUGAGAAACAAUUCAAUCGAAUACAGUUGCAGCAAUCAGAAGUUUUUGUACUGGUUGCUUUAUCAUAAAAAAAGAUUACAAGGCUUUAAUGAGAUGGUUUUCUAUAGGUUAAAUGGUAGCUCUGUAGAUUCAAAUGCAUUUCUGCGCGAUGUGCCCCACUUGCGUGCACAAUGUAGAUCAUAUACAAUUGCGAUGGUGUUGUCCGCUUUGGGUGUAUUGUCAGCCGGUGCAAUGAUCACUGGAGUCAUUUUGUACAAAAAGAGAUGGAAACUUCGAUAUUGGUACUACAUGACAAAGCAAAAUUACUUUGGCUAUCGGCGACUAUUAAACGAUUAUGAAGAUGAAAAUUACCGAUACGAUGCAUUUAUAUCAUAUUCUGACGAUGACUUACAUUUUAUUCGGGGCGAAAUCAUACCAAGGUUGGAGGACUGUGGGAUGAAGUUGUGUGUACACCAACGGGACUUUCUACCUGGCAUACCUAUACGAGAUAACAUAGUGGAUGCGAUACGAACAAGCAAGAAAACGGUGGUGAUUCUCUCAAAAACAUUUGUAAAGACGCAAUGGUGCAUUUUUGAAUUCAACAUGGCAAGAAUGGAAAGCACUGACAACAGAGUGUGCGAGAAUGGGUGUUUAGUAAUUGUUCAUUUCGAGAAUGUUCCCGCAAAAAGUAUGCCUCUCGAAAUUCUUGAUUGGAUGGACAAUCAUUCGUAUAUUAUGUAUACACGCGACCCAGACGGUCAGGAAUUGUUUUGGGAAAGUCUUGCAACAGCCAUUGAACGUUGAUAUCCAUUUUUUAAGCUAAAUACAUACAAUCAUUUCUAGCGUUAUUGGUUUUUGUAUUUUAGUAACAGCUUGAUUUCGUCAUUGCGUUGAAUGAAAAAUACAUAUUGUUGUUAUGAUAUUGAUGCUUGCAUAGUUCAAAUGAAUAUAUCAUUACGGUAUAGGAAGUUCCCGGUAGUUUUCAUUGUAUUGUCGAAUGAUUUAACUGUUUUAAAAGUAACGCUCGAGAACUUUCCUAUUUUUAAUCGCAAAUGAAUAUUUCUUUAGUGUAAUGUACAUUAAAUUUUAUAGUAUCUUCUUUAGUUUAUUUGUAUGUUUUAAAGUGUUGUGCCCAUGUAUCUCACAAUUGUAUUCAAGAAGGCAUUUGUUCUUUAAUGUUUAGCGCGUGUAUGUAAACUUAUUUGUA